CUCGGACACCGUACUGAAUGCAUGGCCCGCAGGGAUCAUGUUGAAGGUGACAGGUAGAGCCAUGCCGGGGGCGCUGACUUUGUCUUCGUUCACCGUGUUUGCCGCUGCCAGUGACGGGGACAAAGCAGAAACGGCAGCCACGCCGUUAACCGCGAGCGUGGACGAGCUGUCUCUGUACACGGUGCCCCAGCGGAAGGCCCACUUUGUGGAGCGUGAAGCGGGUCAGCUGGAGCAGACUGUCGCCGCCCUGCGGAGGUUCGUAGAGCCGUGCGCGUCCUGGUGUCAGAGCACCUACGGCCGGGUCAGACCCAGAGUCCAGGGCGCAGUCCGGUUUGGGAGCGACACCUACGCCUACCUGAAGAACCCACCGGCGGACUUCUACCCACGGGCGGGAGUGAUCGGCUUCACGGGCAUCCUGGGACUGUUUGUGGCUCGAGGCUCCAGGGUGAAGCAGCUGCUGUACCCUGCGGGCCUGAUGGCGGUGAGCGCCUCCCUCUACUACCCGGAACAGGCUGCGGCCAUCGCCAGGUCAGCCGGGGACUCGGUGUAUGAGCGCACCGUGCAGGGCUACGCCGCCGUGGAGAAGUUGAUCAGGCCUCAGCAGGACACCAAGAAAGGCACCGACUCUGAAACCAAACCUUGAUCUAUAUAUAUAUAUAUAUAUAUGUAUGACUUCUGUGCACCAGCUCAGCUCAGCAAUAACAAAUCAGCUCUUCUGACGCCGUCACUUGACAUGUGUGACUUCCUCAUGCCCACUUUUUGCACUAAGCUUCAGAACUAACUCAGGCCGGGCAAGUGUUUUAACAUGAUUUAUGCAACUACUGAACUGACUGUAUAUUUAUGAUCUAAUAAAAGUCCAUUUGUCUUAAUC